AUGGAUUGGACACGCAAGGGAGCAAUCGAUUUUGUACACGAGCUAUCGUCAUAUACCUUCAGCGUUGUGACGGAGGCCGCCAUCGGUAUCAGGUUCCCUUUUGCAGGGCAUUCAAGGACUGACAUGCUUGAGUUGUUCCAAAUCUACGUUCGUGGGAUCACUUCGCUGUGGGUCAAUCUGCCGUUCACUAAAUUUGGAAAGGCUCUCAAGGCUCGCCAGAAGCUUAGAGACAUCGUGCAAGAGGGGAUUGGUCAAAUGCGAGAAGAUCCUCAGACGGGUGGUGCCCUGUCGGCCAUGAGGUCCGCUCGUGACGAGAACGGGGAUGCAUUCACAAUUGACGAAAUCAAAGACAACGUUCUCACCAUCGCAUUUGCAGGAUACGACACAACCAUCUCAUCUCUAUCGACGGCACUGCUGGUUCUUGGUCAGCAUCCUGAGGCGUGGAGGAAAAUUGUGGAAGAGCAGGCGCGAAUUGUCGCCGAAUUCGGCCCCGAGUUCACGGCCAAGUCCGUCGCGGCCAUGACGUACACGGAGGCCGUCUUCAAGGAGGUGAACCGCAUGCUGCCGCCCGGCGCCGCCACGCCAAAGAUCGCGGCGAGGACCUUCGAGCUCGGGGGCCGCCGAAUCCCCAAGGACUGGAUGGUCAUGGGGUGCAUGACCACGCCCGCAAGCUUCCAGGACGACAGCUGGCCCCUGCACUGUGAAUUCCAGCCGGAGCGGUUCCUGGCCAGGGACAGCCUCGCCGCGGAGUCCAGCAUCGUUUUCGGCGUGGGGCCCCACAUGUGCAUCGGGAGGCACCUGGCGGCGAUGCAGACCAAGAUCCUUCUGGCGGUGCUGGCCAGGGGCUACGACGUGAAGGUCAUGGACACCGACCCCGGAAUGCACUACAUCCCCCUCGCGGGCCCAAACGAACUGCCGCUGUUGGUGAACAAGCGAGACGAGGGGUUUUCGAACUGUUGA